UGUGCGUCCAGCCGCAGGGCGUUGCGGAGCGCUUGUGGCACGCCGGCGGCGGCAGCGGCGGGCUCUGCGCGUUCACCUGCUUCAAUUGGGUCGAGUGAUGACGUAGCCCGGCGUAGCGCCGUGAUUCAUGGUGCAAGUGGUUUCCGGGAAGUGAGAAUGACUCGAGUUUGUUAGCUCGCGCACCAGCGGGCGAUCGCGGGCCGUGCUGGGCUGCAGAGCGCCCGAGGCUUCGCCCCUGGGCGGUCUCGAGGUUGUGACGUUGUUUUGUUUUUUUCUUUCUUCGUCUGGCGAAUCACCCCCAGCCAGACCCGCCGUCUCGUUAGAAUGGGACACUUCCACGCGCUGGAUGUCGGUAGAGAGACAGUGAGUGAGCCAAUUUCCUGGAUAUAUCGCUAAGUUCCUAUCCACAUGCCUCGGUGUUGCUUGGGAGGAUGUGAAGGUCCCUUUUGCAACCUGUCGAGUACGGCUGUAAUGCUUUCUUCAGUGGAAGAUGCUUGUGCGGUGACUCAUUAGUGAAGGGGUUCCUGUGAGUAGUAGGCGGCGGCUGGACGUGCGUGAAACAUCGUGAGCUGCCUUCUCGAGUUGCAUCAGAGAAACGCGGUCCGACGGGGCGUGAAACGGAAAAGAAAACUUGGUUUGUGGCAGGAGAUUAUUCGACGCCGGGAUCGGACUUACGCCGCUUUCUUACGGAGACCUACUUCCCUCUGACGUGAGGAUGUGCCACGGAUUGUUUCCGCUGCUUUCACGUUAGUGAGCUUUCCCAAGCGAAUUCUCGCCGCCGCGCCGCGUCGCGCCGACCGUGGGACGGCAAUUUACUACUUGAUGACAUUUACUCGUCAACUCUUUUACUUCCUGUACGUUUCGUUUUCUUUCGUCGCCGGUAGGUUCGUCCGUGCCCGCGCGCGCCUCUGCCUGGGACUGCACCUUCUGCAGACGCCUUAAUUCGCGACCCCGUCUUCCCCUACGGAGCGGGGGUGGCUCCCCAUCGAGCGACGCUCAGGGGCGGACGCCGACGCGGACGCUGGCACGGGCGCGGACGCGGGCGCGUUCAGGCUAGCGGCCGCUAGGGCGUGCCCACAAGUGGCCUGUGCCGAGAGAUAAAAAUGAUAAAAGUGCCACUGCGUAACUGAUGCAACUACUAGAAAGGCGCACGUGAAGUUCGGCAGGCCCUUCUCCGCUUUUUGCAUGACGUGGAAUUUCUUUAUUUCGGUGAUUCCUUUCGUGCCGUUCAAUUAAGGACGCUUAAUGUAAAUGGUACUGUUUUAAGCAGGAAUCGGGAGGUGCAUAAAGCACAUUACUAAAAUUGCUUAUAAAAUAUAACUUAAAAUUUAGCUUUUAUUUUAUUAAAAUCUUCGGAAAGGAGUAAAUGCCAGUAAUUUAAAAAUUUUUGUGUAUUGUACAAAUUUCUUAAGAGGAAAAUAGUACCCAUUAUGUUGCACAAUUGAAUUACCUCUUUAGUCAAAUUUCUAUAUUGUGAAUCUUGAAUUUCUUGUUGUUGUAAUAGUGUAAUGAUUUUUAAUGUGGCACUGAAUGUUAUACAAGUUAUUGGUGCAACAGACAAAUUGAAUUUAUGCGACCUGAAACAGGAACUUCUUAUCUGAAUUGUGGAUUCUGCUUCCUGCUUGUGUGCUGUGAAUUCUAGCCACAAGGCAGUUGAUAGUGUUGCUAAGCUGUGUUACUCCAUCCCAUACAAUUCUGUUUGGCAUGUGUGUUAGAAGAUGGUUCUGAUGUCUUUCAGAGAAAGCGAAUCAUUGUUAGACAAGCGAUUGAAUUCUUUUUUAUCGCGAUCAUUUAGAAGGAAAUGUCCUUCUUCUACCAUAGCAAAGACAACAGAACCUGUUUCUACUAGUAAUGCAAAGCAUUCUGAUCAAGAAGCAAGUUUGGAGCCAGAGGAAGCAGAACGGGGAGUUGCUAGCUGGGCCACAUCUUUUGAAAAACUUCUAGAAGAUGCUGCUGGCCUUCAUACAUUUGCCGAAUUUCUUAAAAAAGAGUUCAGCCAUGAGAACAUAUACUUUUGGGUUGCUUGUGAAAAAUAUAGAGAAUUAACGGACAAAUCUGAACGCAAGAAAGCAGCCAGGGAUAUAUUUGACCGUCAUUUGUGCCUUGGGGCCUUGGAACCAGUCAAUGUUGACUCACAUGCACGACAAGUUACUCAGGAAAAACUUGGUGAAGCCACUCCAGAGCUGUUCAUGCAAGCACAGAAACAGAUAUUUAAUUUAAUGAAAUUUGACAGUUAUCCACGUUUUAUUAAAUCGGAUCUAUAUAAAGAUUGCUUAGUUCGAGAAUUAUCUGGUGAAGAUUUACCUUUUCCUGGAGGAAAUGACUUGGAUGUUGGACUCCAAAUGAAACACAAAGAAAACUCUCCCAAAAGUCAUAGUAAACUAAAGAAAAGUCGCAGUGAUGCUGAAGAUUGCCGCCGCAAAUCUUUGCUGCCAUGGCACCGUAAAAAUCGCUCUAAAUCGAAAGAUCGUGGUGAAUCAGAAUAUAAUAAACUUCGGAUGCUACAUCAAAAACAGGAUGCUGAAGAUACUGUGUCUGUGCGUAGUGAUGUUACUAGCAGCAGGUCUUCCCUUGUAUCCUGGGAUCUUGCUCUCCGAGGUUCUUUUAGCCGACAGUCUGUUACAUCAGGAGAACUUCCUGAACGGGAAAGCUGUGCGUUAUGCCGUGUAAUCUUGCCAGAUGGUGCUACGACUGUUGUGCAGACAAGGAGAAAUGAAUGUGUAAAAGAUCUUGUAAAUAGACUAUUGGAAAAGCGCGGACUUCAUUAUUCAUCUUUUGAAGUCUUCAUGGGCAACUCGGAUAGACUGCAGCAAAUUUCUUUGGAUGAAGACUCAACAUCUCUUGGGGCCAAGGAAGUUCAUGUUGAACAAAGAGUGGUUUUUAGAUUAGAACUUCCUAAUCGGAAGACCAUUGGGGUCGGUGAAAGUGAAAUUUUAAUACUAUCUUUGCCUGUUACCGAAGUUGAUAAUCAGAGAUUGCAAGUACUCUCUAGAAGUGAAGCUUGGAAGAGUGAAAAUCCUCCAAAAGUAAAAUCGGGACCAACGUUAGAUGAAAUUACAAACAGAGUCUUUGAAGAAUUACUUCAAGGAAAAGCUGAUGGUGGCAGAGGAACAUCUGACCAAGGAUCAGUUAGAUCUGAAGACUGGGGUUCCGAGUAUUCUUCUGGAAUACUUAGUCGGCUUCUUAGAAGAGAUUCAGCUUUUCUAGACAAAGUUAAGGAGUCACGUGUCAAAAGCAAAAAGAAUGGAAAUUCAUGCAAAACAGCCACUGAUGACUCAGAAGCCAAACCAACGACAACAAGCAAACAACCUUUGAUAUCAAAAUGGAAAGUUGGUGCAAAACUACAGGGUCGUUCAGAGAGUGAUGAACUGUAUGAAGGACUGAAAAGAGCACAAAGGAGUAGGUUGGAAGAUCAGAGAGGAACUGAAAUUAAUUCUGAACUUCCAGACUUUCUGAAGGACAAAGAAAAUGCUCCUCAAGCAGGAAAGAAAAUACGGAAACUUCGCCGCCCAGAUGAAGCAAAUUCAAAAUUUUAUGAAACAUCAGAUACUCCUCAAGGUCUUGCAAGUAGUCAUGAAAGUUUGCUUAUGGGUGCCAAUAGCAACAAGUGUGGAUGUAAAGGAGACAAGGAUUCAUCUGCAAAUCUAGUGUCACGUUUCUUUGAUGAUAAUUUCAGUCAAGAUGGAAUCCCUAAUCAGAGACAUGAAUCCGAUGAGUAUUUUUUAGGUAGACCAUCAUCGUCAUUGGUUGACUAUAAGAAUAGAGAAGCAGGGAAAGUUCCUCCUCGACCAGCAGUUGACAGAUCUUGCUCUGCUGCAAAACCCAAUGAAAAUCCUUGUAAUCGUUCUUCUCUAGAUAAUGCUGUUAUAGAUCCAGUGAUUUUAGAUUCAAAGUUGCAGAAUGAAACCACUGACGAGCUAGCUUCUAAUCGUUCACGCCACCUCAGUGAUCCUCCUCCUCUCCCUCCGAAACCAAAGCAUUUACCUGCUAAAUCAUCUCUUUGGGUAUCAAGUAAUCCGUCUUUCAGACCACCUGCAGAAAUAGUUUCUACCAAUGCUCGUUUUGUGCGACCCAGUGAGGUCAAGCGUGAUACUAAAGUGUGUCGUAACCGUAGAUCUGUGUAUUUGGAUCAGCCUAGCAGCAGCUUUGUGUGAGUCUGUGUCUCUAAAGACUAUUAAUGGUGUCAGAAAGAGGUGAUGUGUGGAUUGCUGUAAUAUAUUAUUAUAAAUUAAAUAAAGAUCUUGUUAUUAAAUGUUUUAUAGUUGAAAAUAUUUGGUCAUGGAGCAACCAUUACCAGUGAUGUGAUGCAAAUAACAUUUAUAGAUAGAAUUGAACCAGCAGACCAAUAACCGCAUUAAAUGCAUGGAGUACUUAAAAUGGAAAUAGAAAACAGCAAGUCCAAAAUAUGAAAUAUAGAUAAAUUUGUGUAAAAAAUAAAACUACAAUAACGUUAUAAAUAUUCCUAAAUUUUUAUUAUCUCCAUGUAAUAUUCUUAAUACAAUACAUUCUGGUUGCUGCAUGAUUGAAUAGCUUUCCAAACUAAAUUAUGAAAGAAUAAAUCUUUUAAAUUGCAAUUUUCCCCUCAAUAUUUUGCAAUGUAAUUUCUGCAAUUAAAUCAAUGUUAUGAUUCUUUAUAAAGUGUUCGUUGUUAAAAGAUUUUUAUUGUUGACUUCAAAUUCAAUCAAUUUAUUUCCAGGUAGAAAUGCACUUGGUAUCGAAUCUUUAUAAUAAUACAUUGCUCCUUGUUGCUGCAAGUAAGAGUUGGUGUGAUUGAUUAAUAUUUAUAAGAUAUAAUUAAAAUGUAGAUUUGUAUUCAUUGUGCACUUGCAACAUACAUUUAGAAAGUAAUAAGACAAGAAUAUAAUUUUAUGAUGAUAUCAAGUUAAUUCAAUGAAGUUUUGAAAAGUAAGUUUUUGUACAUUUUAAUACCAGUGUUUUAAACCGGUAUGCAUAUUGUUACUUUUUUAGAAAAUUACAUGACAUUUUCUUUCAACAUAAACCAUUGUGCCUUACCUUCAAAACCCAUUUAUUGCUGAUGGGUUAAGUUGUUCUUUUUGUUAGUAAUGGCAUUCGGAAGUGUGUGUGUGUGUGUGUUUUUUUUUUUUUUUUUGCAUGUACGGAUUCUUGUACUGAUACAACAAUUACUAGUAUUGUUUUUAUUAAGAUUAUUUCCCCUAAAAAGGAGAGCUUUAAAAAAUGAUCUUCCUAUUGUAGAACUUAUUGAUGUGCAGAUGAUUAGUAAAUGUGUGGAACAUUAAAAUCUACCUUAAGGGAGAAAAUAGUCUUUUUCACCCCUGUUUAAAGUAGUAAUUAAUUACAAUUUAUUCGCAUUUAGCUUAAGUUUUGUCCUUUUACACAAAUCGUAUUUUCAUUUUUGAAACAUAAAAGAGCCUUCUUAAAAUCCCAUUGAUAUUGAAAAUUCUUAAAAUGUUUUUAACAAUAUGAAAAUAUGUAUUCAUUUGAACAAUGUUGGCCUAUUUCCUUUUGUUAAUUGAAAGAAACAUUUCUGAGUAUUUGGGUAGCUUCCUUUUUCUGUGUGGUUUAUUUCUAAAUAUUUUUGUUUUGAACGAAAUUAAUUUUGGCGUGUUUAAAAGUAUGUACAGAAAAUAAAGUUGCUUUCUGACAGUUUCCAGAAUUGUUUCAGACCUGUAGCUUCUAUUUUGGGCAAAUCUAUUAUUAUAGGUAUGUUUAUGGGUGGGUACAUGUUGCAGCUGGAGAAAAUAUUGUGCAAUGAAGAUUCAGAGAUUACUAUGGUAUGGGCGUUGAAUUUGUUUCCAUCAUUUCAGAUUGUUUUUCCUGGUUUUUGUUGUUUCUCUAAAUGUUUGUAUUUCAAUUCUUUAUAUCUCCCUCCCCUCUCUCUCUCUUUUGUUUUGGGGGAGGGGAAAACUUGAUAGCUUUUUCCUAUAUAGUUCAACUGAGUUUACAGAUUGCUUCUAUUUCUGUAGUGACUCUGACCGGAAGCUCCGGGGAUUUGAGACCCAACAGUGGUGGAUGUUUUGUCCCUAGCUAAACAGCUAGAUUGAAUCCGGGCACUGUCUGACGAAGAAUUCUAGUGGCCAGCUACUUUGAUGUAUUUUUCUGUGGUUUGUGUGAUUAAUACCAGGUGAAUACCAAGCCAUUACUCAACAGUAUAAGAGGACCACAUGCGAUCUGUCCUUCCUCUCCCUUAAGACAUUCAUAUUCACUUAUAGGCAUUACUUCCACACUUGCUGUGAUACCAGUUGGGAGCUUAGGGCUUGUCUCGAAUGAGGGCAAUGUCCCACUGGUGAUGGUGGGGGAGGGGGGACAGACAUUGGAGAAAGAAAUUCCCCACAUGCCAAUGUGUAAGUCAGAAAAAGAUCUCACCAUCCAGCUGGGAAGGAAUCGUUGCCACGUCCGAGAAUAAUACAGUCUACACUUAUGGAACUAAGACUGUAGCAGUUGACGUGCGUGAAAAUAUUAAACAAUAAAUCUAAUGUUGCAGUUUCAUUGUUUGAAUUCUACUUCUGUCUCGUGCAUUUGUUGUCCAUAUCUCAGCUUCAUCUGUAAGUAGGCUUUCAACUAUUGCUAUAUAUAAAGUGAAGUUUGUUUCUUUUUAUGCUUAUUUAUGUGUCCCAUGCCAAUGAAUUUUAUCUUCUAACAAUUUGCCUGCCUCUAUUUAUUUUGUUUAAGAUAUCUUUGUUGUCAUGACCAUCAUGUGUUAUAGUGAAUCUCAAAUAAUUGAAUUAUUUUUCAUACCUAGUUAUAUAUUUGUGUUCUCAAAUCCCAUCCAUUUCUUCCCACUAGUUUGCUUUUGAAAUAUUUAUAACCAGUCUUCACUUUACAUAUCCUUAUAUUAAUUUUCUAGUCAUGUAGUUGAUAUCAUGAUUGGCUUUGACCACUUUAUCAUCUGCAUACAUCCAGGUGUGACAAAAUUGUUUUAUAAAUAUUGUGAAUUGAUUUGGAGAAAUACAACCACCUUGCCUUGAAUCUUUAUUAUUUUACUGAAGAAUCCUACUUUUAUGCAGCCCUGACAGUCAGUCUAUAAGCUCCUUGCAGCACUUAUGUAAACAGUAUUUAUAUUUUCAUCUGUCAUCGUAUCCCAUUGUUUAACUAAGGAUACUGAGUCAAAUGACUCUCAUAUCUAAAAAUACCAUGAGUAUCUAUUCUGACAAGAUCUCUGCACAAAAGCCACUUGAUUCCUCCACUGCCUCCAUCUUUGACACAUUCACAUUCAUUCUUUCUUGUAACAAUUAUAAAGAAAUAACUCUAUUGAUACCAUUAAUAAAUUCAAUUGAUUUUAUGUUAAACUGUUUGCACAUAUACCUGAUUGCUUGGAAAGCCUCUUUCCUCAAGGUCUUAUAAAAAUUUACCAGACUGUCAGAGUAAGAAAGGGGGAAAAUAAGGGAUUGAACAUAAAAAGGAAAUAAAAUGUUUUAUUACAUAAGGUUAGGAGCUCCUUUCAAACUUUUCAGGAGGGUGGCAUGGCCCUCUGGCCUCUCCCUAUUCACGUACAAAAACGUUUAUUUGAUAUCCAAAUUAUGAUAUCUAAGACACUUGAAGGGGUUAUAUUAAUUAUUUCAAUUGGCAUAGUUUCAAGUCUUAGAGCUCUGCUCCUUUUCAUCUGAAAGGUUGAAAAUAUAUGUACAAUCGUGUAACAUCAAGUAUAAUAAUAAUAAUAAUAAUAAUAAUAAUAAUAAUAAUAGAGAACAAUUGGUUGUACUUAAUUUAUGUUUGUGGUCGACUGAAUUUUUAUGAAGAGUUCUAGAUAUUUACUUGUUUUUCUUUUUCUCUCCCCCCCCCCAAAAAAGUUAAUUGGUACAUGAAACAUUCUUGUCUCAGUACAUAAAUCUGUAAUGGAAGUAGUGUGGUAAAAAGCAUGAGAUUUUCUGUAUGAGCAGUAUCAGAGUGAUGGGCUCAAAACUAAAGUAUUGUGGUGUUAUUAAUAACUUUUUU